CCCUUCUUUGAAUAUAAAAUAAGCUUGAAUUUCUAUACAUUUAGGAUUUUAGUUAUAUUGGGUUGUAAUUAAACACGUAAAAAUAUGUUUGAGUCAAUUGGGAUUUGUUAUUUCAUUGUAUAGCUGCAUUUUGUACGUUAGUUUUUGAGCCAAAAAAGGCGCACUUUUUACAUUUUUUACCCUUGUUUCAAUAUAAAAUAAGCUUGGAUUUUAUACACAUUUGGGAUUUUAGCUUUAUUGGGGUUGUAAUCAAACAUGUUAAAAAGUAUGUUUAAUUUUGAGUCAAAUGUGGAUUUGUUAUUUCAUUGUAUAGGUGCAUUUGAGCUAUGUAGGUGUAAUUAAGGUUGACAUUCAAGAAUUGGUUUAUUUGCAUGGCAUAUUUACACUUGGCUAUUAAAAUUUAGGGAAAAGAAAAGAAUUUGAUUUUGACAGUUAAAAAUUCUCCUUUUUCCUCAAUUUUGAGCCCAAAAAGAACUUUUUUUACACUUUUUACACCUUCUUUCAAUAUAAAAUAAGGUUGAAUAUAUACACAUGUAGGAUUUUAUCUGUAUUGGAUUGUAAACAAACAACUAAAUAUAAAAAUAUACGUCCAAUUUUGAGUCUAUGGGAUUUGUUAUUUCAUUGUAUAGGUGCAUUUUGUACGUUAGUUUUUGAGCUAUACAGGUGUAAUUAAGGCCGAUACUCAAGAAUUUUUUAUGCAUGAGAAUUUUACACUUGGGUAUUUCAAUUAAGGGAAAAGAAACAAUUUUGAGUUUUUUUUUUGUUUUUUUUUCGAUGAAAUGUGUUGCGAGUUAACUCACUUUUGAUUGAUUGAUGACUUAUUAGUUGAUCACAUAUUGAUUCAUCAUUACCUUGCUAUCAGAAUUUAGGGAAAAGAACCAUUCUUUUUUGGGUUUUUAUGAUGAAAUGCGUAGCGCGUUAAAUCAUUGAUUGAUCAGUUAUUAUUAAAUCAUACAUAUCUGAAUGUAUUUCUUUUAGUUAUGAGUUAAGGUAUAGAGAUAGAUUCAAGAUUUUGUUUUGGUUAUCAAAAAGAUAGAUUCAAGAUUUUUUUUUUUUUUUUUUUUUACUGAAUUAUUAGAUCUUUCUAGAUUUUGUUUCUCUUUCAUAAGAAGUCAUAUUAGGUUUUAGAGAAUCCGGGGAUGAACCUUCUCGACACCAAAAACUUGGUGGGAGUAGGUAAUGAGUUAGUGAGUGGAAUGUCCUUCAUGUCAAUUGGUGUAUGUAUUUUUGUGAUCUAAAUUUGCUUGAGGAGAAAAAGAUCGACAUGGGCUGUAGGGUCAGAGACUUUGAUGAAGUAUGUUGUUAUCCUUCUUGAGUAAGCGUUCGUUGGAUGUUGAUUCCAGGGAUGCGUAUGGAUUUACUGUGAGACCACAACAUCUUCAAAGAUACAGAGAGUACGCUACUAUAUAUAGGGAAGAGGAAGAAGAAAGAUCACAGAAGUGGAAGGGCUUUCUUGAUAAUCAAGAAGAAUCAAGUCAGCCACAUGCUUCGGAGAAGUUGGAUGUCAGGAAAACGGUUCUUGCACAUGUGUCUCAAGAAGAAGGUGAUGGUUCAGCUGGAGAGAAUCCAGUUUCAGACCUUAAAACGGAAAAUGAUCUUAAAAGGGAGUUGCCAGCUUAUCUACCCGCAAAAUCCUGUCAGGCUUAUACAUGGGCUGAAAUUAGAGCAUCCUUGAGUCGUAUUGAUCAUCUGAUGAGCUUUCGUGUGAAGAAGACACCAAAGACGAGAGCUGAACUGUCAACUGGUGUUCACAAUCAUCUUGCAACUAUUAAAGAGCCAGAGGGGUCAGAAGAAGAAAAUGAGGAAGAAUGUUCUGUCAAUGAACAAUUGUGUGAUGGUACCAAUACCUCUGCAGAAGUAGGUAAUACCGGCAGUGGAGUUUCUCCAGAACUUUCCUUUCCUUGGAAAGAGCUAGAGUUCCUUGUUCGUGGAGGAGUUCCAAGGGAUCUUAGGGGAGAGGUAUGGCAAGCUUUUGUCGGAGUUAGAGCACGUCGGCUGAAAAGAUAUUACUUGGAUUUGCUUGAUCCAGAAAGUGAUACUGGUGAUGGUGAGGAGCAUGAUGGACCGUCAUUAGCUGAAGAGAAUAAGCGGCGGAGUAAAGAAAGCGUUCAUGUGCCAGAGAAAUUGAGAAAGCAGAUUGAGAAGGAUCUUCCUCGAACCUUUCCUGGACAUCCUGCACUAGACGAGAAAGGUCGAAAUUCCUUAAGGCGUCUACUUAUAGCAUAUGCUCGACACAAUCCAGAUGUAGGGUAUUGCCAGGCAAUGAAUUUUUUUGCUGGUAUUUUACUUCUAAUGAUGCCAGAAGAAAAUGCAUUCUGGGCGUUGGUGGGUCUUAUUGAUGAAUACUUUGACGGCUGUUACUCGCAAGAGAUGAUAGAAUCCCAGGUGGAUCAACUGGUGUUUGAGGAGUUAGUGCGUGAAAGGUUUCCGAAACUUGUAAAUCAUCUGGAUUACUUGGGAAUGCAAGUGGCAUGGAUUUCUGGACCUUGGUUUCUUUCAAUUUUUGUAAAUGUGCUUCCCUGGGAAAGUGUUCUCCGAGUUUGGGAUGUGCUUCUCUUUGAGGGAAAUCGUGUCAUGGUCUUUCGAACGGCACUUGCUUUGAUGGAGUUGUAUGGUCCUGCUGUAGUUACAACUAAGGAUGCUGGCGAUGCAAUCACCUUAUUUCAAUCCCUUACUGGUUCAACUUUUGAUAGUAGCCAACUUGUGUUGACCGCUUGUAUGGGUUUCUUAAAUGUCACUGAAGAUAGGUUGCUAGCACUGAGAGAAAAACAUCGGCCAGCUGUGCUUGCAGUUACUCAGGAGAGAUCAACAGGAGGGCCUGUUAAGAAAGAUCCGAAAGGUCUUGCCUCCAAGCUGUAUAGUUUUAAGCAUGAUCCUGAAUCCUUUAUGAAAGAAACGAAGCCGGAGGAACGGUCAGAUGAUAAGAAAACCGGCAAUAAAAUAUCAGAUUCAAAUUCCAACUCUGCAAGUGUGGAUGAAUUUCUCAACAGCCUCAACAUAGAUUCACAUGUGGAUUCCCUUCCAGGUCUUCAAGAACAGGUUGUUUGGUUGAAGGUUGAGCUCUGUAGGACACUGGAAGACAAGAGAGCAGCUACCCUGAGAGCUGAAGAGUUGGAGACGGCGCUUAUGGAGAUGGUCAAAGAGGAUAACCGACGGCAAUUAAGUGCUAGGGUUGAGCAAUUGGAACAAGAAGUGGCUGAACUGCGACAAGCACUUGAUGAUAAGAAAGAGCAGGAGAAAGCAAUGCUUCAGGUUUUGAUGCGGGUUGAGCAAGAACAGAAGGUAACGGAAGACGCUAGGAUUGCCGCCGAGCAGGAUGUGGCUGCUCAAAAGUAUGCCGUACAUGUUCUUCAGGAAAAGUAUGAAAAGGCUAUGGCUUCUGUUGCUCAGAUGGAGAAGAGAGUUGUCAUGGCUGAAUCGAUGCUUGAAGCUACCUUGCAGUAUGAAUCUGGUCAAGUCAAAGCUCUAUCUUCCCCACGGUCGACAAGACCAGAUUCUCCUCAAGGUGUACCAGCAAAAAGAGGUCUACUAUCGUUCGGCCUUGGUUGGCGUGAUAGGAACAAGGCGAAGCCAAGCAAUCUUAACGAAACAAAACCUGCGGAUGAAGGACCAGAAAUGAGCAGUACGAAGACUGAAGCUAACGGGCAGCAAGAAUAGUGAACAUGCUGCUAAUUGUGAAGGGGUAUACUGAGUUUGAUCUUUAAGAGGUGGUGAUUGCACCCUCAAUUGGUAGAAGCAUGUGAAGUAGGUCGUUUCGACGUCCCGUUGAAGUGUAACUUGUAGCUCCUACCUCAAUUUUGUUUCAACAGUUAUUUGAUUCUUUUGUACAGUUAUGUAAAGAAAUUUGAUAUCUUUUUGUAGCAUUUAUGAAAUGUGAGCUUAUGAUUUUGCUUAA